AUGGUGGGUUAUUUCGCUCACUGCUUCAGGGGACAUCAAGGAAGGUCCGACAACGUUGGAGAAACAAAACCAGUUUACAGAGACGACUUAAACGAGAAGCACUCAGUAAAGCCCUUGGACAAGCCUCUUCACGAGAAAGAGGGUUUAAAACCCAUUUGCAGAAACAGCAACUCCAACUCAACCGAGAAAAAGACGAAAAAGUUCGUGAGAUUCGCCGACGAGCACACCACGAUAGAGCCUCCGCCCGAGAGAGAAGGCUUAAAGUCGCCAAACAACGUCCCAAGGUUCCACGCGGAGACUCUGAAUCGCGAAGAGGGUUUCGUGGUGGAGAAGAGGAAAGAGGAAAUCAUUAGGGUUAAGAUCAAGAUGCCAAAGCUCGAAGCCGAAAGGCUUCUAUUGAAACACUCUCAAAACGGCGGCGUUUUGGAACUCCGACACGUGGCAGACCAAAUCUUUAACGCCCCCGUUUAUGGCGUCCAUGUGGCGACUGUGGUGGUCGCUCGUAACAAGGGAGUAGAAGCCGUACAAGGAGAGAACAAUAACAGCUUAAGAAUUUGGGGUCCAAUUGUUGCCGGAAAUGUCGAUCCAUGA